CGUUGACGACCUGAGAGGAGACGGACGCAUAGACUCUCUCCCACACCUCACUCCAUACAUUACUACUUACAUCUACCGUAUUACUUAUUUUAGUGACUUAUAAACGCAAAGAUGCCUGAAGAAACGAUGGAAGAUGUGGAGACCUUCGCUUUCCAGGCAGAGAUCGCCCAGUUAAUGUCCCUCAUCAUCAACACCUUCUACAGCAACAAAGAAAUCUUCCUCAGAGAACUAAUCAGUAACUCAUCUGAUGCUUUAGACAAGAUCCGUUACGAGUCUCUAACUGAUCCAUCUAAACUCGAAUCGGGAAAGGAUCUUACUAUUAGAAUUGAAGUUGAUAAAGCCAAUCGAUCCCUAACUGUAAUUGACACGGGGGUAGGGAUGACUAAAGCUGAUUUGGUUAAUAAUCUUGGAACCAUCGCUAAAUCAGGGACUAAAGCUUUCAUGGAGGCAUUACAAGCUGGGGCAGAUAUAUCGAUGAUUGGUCAGUUUGGUGUGGGAUUUUAUUCAGCUUAUCUUGUUGCUGAUAAGGUUGUGGUGACUUCCAAACAUAGUGAUGAUGAACAGUAUACAUGGGAGUCGGCUGCUGGAGGCUCCUUCACUAUUAAACCUGAUAAGAGCAGUCCUCUCCAGCGGGGUACGAGGAUCACCUUAUACCUGAAGGAGGACCAAACAGAAUACCUGGAGGAGAGACGCAUCAAAGAGGUGGUCAAGAAACACUCACAGUUUAUUGGUUAUCCCAUUAAGCUGUUGGUCGAGAAGGAGAGGGACAAGCAAAUUCCUGAUGAUGAAGAAGAUGAGAAGAAAGACGAAGAGGUUCCACAGAAAGAAGACCUGCCCAAGGUGGAAGAUGUGGGAGCUGACGAGGACGCAGACAAGGCAUCAGAACAGGCCAAGAAAUUUAAGACCGUCAAGGAGAAAUAUAUGGAAGACGAAGAACUGAACAAGACCAAGCCACUGUGGACCCGUAACCCAGAUGAUAUCUCUCAGGAGGAGUAUGGAGAGUUCUACAGGUCAUUGACUAACGAUUGGGAGGAUCAUUUGGCCAUUAAGCAUUUUAGCGUCGAGGGUCAGUUAGAGUUUCGGGCUCUGUUGUUUAUACCCCGUAGAGCCCCGUUUGAUCUGUUUGAGAAUCGUAAACAGAAGAAUAAGAUCAAGUUGUAUGUUCGUCGUGUUUUUAUUAUGGAUAACUGUGAGGAACUUAUCCCGGAGUAUCUUAACUUUAUCACCGGUGUUGUGGAUUCUGAGGACCUGCCAUUGAAUAUUUCCCGUGAGAUGUUACAACAGAAUAAGAUCCUGAAGGUGAUCCGAAAGAACCUAGUGAAGAAGGCAAUGGAGCUAUUUGAGGAACUUUUAGAAGAGAAAGAUUCAUUUAAGAAAUUCUACGAAAACUUCUCCAAAAAUAUUAAACUUGGUAUCCACGAAGACUCCGCCAACAGGAAGAAACUAGCGGAACUCUUACGUUUCUACACUUCUGCUUCAGGAGACGAGAUGAAUAGCCUGAAGGAUUAUGUCUCACGCAUGAAAGAAAACCAGAAACAGAUCUAUUACAUCACAGGGGAGAACCGAGAAGCAGUAGCUAACUCGGCCUUCGUGGAGAGGGUCAAGAAACGCGGAUUUGAGAUAAUCUACAUGAUAGAUCCCAUAGACGAGUACUGCAUCCAGCAACUGAAGGAGUACGACGGCAAGCAGCUGGUGUCCGUCACUAAGGAAGGUCUCGAACUGCCGGAGGAUGAGGAGGACAAGAAGAAGAUUGAGGAACAGAAACAGAAGUUGGAGAAUCUGUGUAAGGUGGUGAAGGACAUCCUGGACAAGCGUGUGGAGAAGGUGGUGGUGAGCAACCGUCUGGUGACCUCUCCCUGUUGUAUAGUGACGUCACAGUACGGGUGGACGGCCAACAUGGAACGCAUCAUGAAGGCCCAGGCACUAAGAGACACCUCCACCAUGGGUUAUAUGGCAGCCAAGAAACACCUGGAGAUUAAUCCUGACCACAGUAUCAUUGAGACCUUGAGACAGAGGGCAGAUGCUGACAAGAAUGAUAAGUCUGUCAAGGAUCUGGUCAUGUUGCUGUUCGAGACGGCCCUCUUGGCUUCGGGAUUCAAUCUGGAGGAUCCUGGUGUUCACGCCGCUAGGAUUUAUAGGAUGAUCGGUUUAGGACUUGGGAUUGAUGAGGAGGAAGUUGCUCCUAUACCUGAGGAUACUAAUCCCCUAGAUGACAUGCCGCCCCUCGAGGGAGACGAAGAGGACAUGUCCCGUAUGGAGGAGGUGGACUAGACGACCCUCUCCGCCAUCUUGUCAGGACUUGCCGACAGUGUCAUCAUCCCCGUCAUCCAUCAAUCAUCAUCCGUCUCUCCAGCCACAAUCAUUCCUCUUCAUAUUUUAUGGUAUAUUUUUAUCAUCCUUCACUAUUUAAGGUUCAAUAAUCAUCCUAGCUACAGUGGAACGGUCUUCUCCCCAUAUAGUCCGUUAAGUGGAGGGUUUCACACCUAACAGACCCUCGAUAUAACAAUUUUCUCCCCAUAAUGUUCGUUAAAUAGAGGUUUCACUACAUCUCAACCCUAAAACAUUUUGCCCCAAUCAAAAGCCUGUGGCCACGACCCCAGGAGCAACAUCGCCUCUUGAUUGGUUGAUUUUCUUUCUUCUAUUUCUAACAUAUCCAAAAAUUAUUAAAAAAAAUUGUUUAACCUGAUAUAAGGAACUAGAUUUUAUACCAUUUUAUAAGUCAUUCCACACAACCCGGAACUAACAUUAUACUAUGACUCCUAUGGUAAAUAUAUUUCUGUAAGUGAAGCUGUUACUAUAUACGUGUUGGACUAUGGAUAAAACACGGGAUAUAAGACAUUCACUCAAGACACCAUCUUAACUACAGUCAUUUAACACUAAUUAGAGGUUAAUAAAGGUAAUUAACUUCUACCUUAAUAUCACCUGGUGUUAAAUGAAGGUGUUUAGUUAAGGUAGAAUUUCUGUGUAAUUCUUAUUUUUGUUUUAUCUUCAAUAUCCCAACAACUUUACUUAAAGAUAAUGUUUCUCACAAGACUCACGUGUGUUGGAACCCUGAAUCAUGGUCACCACACUACCAUCAAUAAACACUGGAGAUGUUCACACCCCAGUAUUAGCCGCCUGUACGAGCAGUCAGUAUCGCCUGGCGUACACUUUACCCCAGAAUAAGACUUUGAUGAGUAUGUUAGCUAGUCUGCUGUGUGGUGGUGGUGGUGGUGGUGGUAAGGAUGAUAAACACAUGUUGAUGUAUUAGACCACCACACGCCUCCCUCCUCUCUUAUGUUUUGUAAAUAAAGCGACCAACACUC